AUGCGUUGGGCCCGUCUGCUAUCGUGGGGUGGGGCCGCCCUGCUGGUGCUCCAAGGGCAACUGGCCCUGGCCGAUCUCACCAUCGAUGUUAACUCUGCUGAUACCUUGAAGCAGGCCGGUAAGGAUAUCGCCGCGCCGAUGAUGGUGUUCUACGCACAAAACCAAACCGAGGGUAUCCCCGGCAAGCUCACCGACACAUGGUACGUUGCGGGUGCGAUGUUCAUGACCCUGAUCCAGUACUGGCAGGCCUCUGGCGACAGCCAGUACAACUCUAUUGUUUCGCACGAUCUUAUGUUCCAGGCGGGACGAAACUACGACUACUUCGAUUCCAAUUACAGUCAGUGGCUAGGUAACGAUGACCAAAUGUUUUGGGGUCUGGCAGCGAUGACUGCCUCGGAGACUGGUUUCCCCGAGGUGCAGGACAAGCCGACAUGGACGUCGCUGGCUCGCGCGGUGUUCAACAUGCAGGUCGGCCGGUGGAACUCCCAGUCCUGUGGGGGUGGCAUCACCUGGCAGAUCCAUCCCUGGCAAGCGGGUUACACGCUGCGUAACUCCAUCUCGGACGGCGGGCUGUUCCAGCUGGCGGCGCGACUGGGCCGCUUUACGGGCAAUACCACCUACCUGGACUGGGCCGAGAAGCUUUGGAACUGGUCGACGCAGUCGCCGUUGAUCAACACCCAUACGUGGUUUGUUGCCGAUUCGACGUCGGGAGACAACAACUGCACCGACAGUGGCAACAUGCAGUGGACGUACAAUUACGGGACCUACCUUGCCGGUGCAGCCUUCAUGUACAAUGCGACCAACGACGAGAAAUGGCUCACGCGGGUGAAUGGCCUGCUGGGCCGGCUGGAAUCCGACUUCUUCCCGCAAACGUACGGAAGCGUGGUGUUAUCCGAAGUCUCGUGCGAGGGUCUUCAAACCUGCGAUCGCAACAUGCUGUGCUUCAAGGGCUGGACCGCCAUGUGGCUGGCGUUCACCGCGCAAUUGGCGCCGACGACGCAGGCCACGAUCCUGCCGAAGCUCCAGGGGUCCGCUGAGGCCAUUGGACGGCAGUGCGACGGGGAAACAGACAAUCUCUGCGGGUCGCGCUGGUGGCAGAACACCUGGGACGGCAUCAAGGGUCUGGAAGUGCAGAUGAGUGCCCUGGGUGGUAUCACGUCCAACCUGAUGAUUCUGACGGGGACAAGAGCCAAGACGAUCCAAAACAACCCCAAUGCCAAGGAGCAGUACCUGGACACAUACAGUGACGACACGCCCGAUGCGCUGCCAACAAUCACCACCGGCGACCGCGUGGGCUCGUGGAUUCUCACUGUUCUCUGGAGUCUGAGUAUCAUGGCAGCUGCUUGGUGGCUGAUGAAGCAGCAGUGAUCCCGUAUGUAAGGGAUGGCUCGCUAGUUGUAAUUUUCCUCUUACAUACUUGAUUAUUGGUUCAUUUUGUUUUUUGUUUCUUUUUUUUUUUUUUUUUUUGGGCUUUUGAUUAGGAGUUGUCUUUGGUUUUAUUGUGUUAUACAGUUCCUUUUGGGAUGCAAUAUUCUUGUAUGUGAAUAGCCAGAGCACAGUACAGUUUCUAUGAAAGCAGACGAUGAAGCAACUGCAGAUAUAGAAACACAGCCCAUUAUAAAACUUGAUCGUAUUAGGGUGAUUGGCCUGGUAUUGAUCUGCUAUUGAUCUAGAUAUCUACUCAAGUACUCACAUUGCAGGUCCUCAAACCAAAC